CUGGUUUUAAAGAUUCUAGAAAGUGGGAGUGUGAACCCAGAUCAGUAAAUUUUGUUCUGAUUUCUUUGUUUCUGUUCUUCUUCAAAAUUGAAAUAGAAUGAUCAUCGUAGAUUAGAUCUGAUUAAAAAUUCUGAAGGAAAAUCAAAAUCUCAUGAGAUGGUAAAGGGAAGAAUUGGUUCUUCUUCUAGAAACUCAGCAAGAUAUAAAAGUAUCUUGAAACCAUCAACAUCUCUUAAUUCAUCAAUCACUUGUGUAGUUCUUGGUUUCUUCGUCAUUACCAUAUUCUUCUUCAUCUGUACUUCAAGGUAUAAUGAUGAACCCUCCAAAUCUUUCUUACCAGAUGAGGAGGAGUCCCUACAACAACAGGUGCGAAUUGAUCAACUGUGGGAAGCUCCUCAUAGUUAUGGUUUUCACCCAUGUAUCAAACCUACUCCUCGAUAUAAAGCAACUGAAGAAUGGGACCGCUACAUAACUGUCAAAAGCAAUGGAGGGCUCAAUCAAAUGCGCACUGGUAUUGCUGAUAUGGUCGCUGUAGCACGAAUAAUGAAUGCAACAAUGGUGAUUCCUCAAUUGGACAGAAAGUCUUUUUGGCAAGAUUCAAGUACAUUCUCAGAUAUAUUUGAUGAGCGUCAUUUCAUUGCAAUCCUGCAACAAGAUGUAAAGAUAGUCAGAGAGCUUCCCAAGGAAUUGGAAUUGGUUCCUAGAGCUCGGAAACACUUCACUUCAUGGGGGAGUAUGGGCUAUUAUGAAGAGAUGACAGGAUUAUGGAAGGAUUAUCAGGUGCUUCAUGUUGCAAAAUCUGAUUCCCGACUAGCAAACAAUGACCUCCCUCUUGACAUCCAGAGGUUGCGAUGCCGUGCUUUGUACAAUGCUCUCCGCUUCUCUCCUUCAAUUGAGAAUCUGGCAAAGAAGCUGGUGGAGCGGCUGAGAUCAAAAGGUGGGAAAUAUAUUGCUCUUCAUCUUCGAUACGAGAAAGAUAUGCUGGCUUUCACUGGUUGUACAUAUGGACUGACUGACAUCGAAGCCAAAGAACUGAGAAUUUUAAGAGAAAAUACAAGCCACUGGAAGGUAAAGAAGAUUAACUCAACAGAGCAAAGAAUCGGAGGGCUAUGUCCCCUAACUCCAAAGGAGGUUGGCAUUUUCCUUCAAGCUCUUGGUUACCCUCCAUCUACGACAAUUUACAUUGCUGCUGGAGAAAUUUAUGGUGGUGAUGCUUACCUUUCAGAAUUCAAAUCCCGCUUUCCGAAUCUUGUUUUCAAGGAAACAGUGGCAACUUCGAAAGAAUUGGAAGCAUUUGCAGAUCAUGCAUCUCAAACAGCAGCUCUGGAUUAUAUUAUGUGCAUAGAGAGUGACGUUUUUGUUCCAUCAUAUCCAGGCAACAUGGCAAGAGUUGUUGAGGGACACCGUAGAUUCUUGGGUCACCGAAAAACAGUUUCCCCGGAUAGGAAAGGACUUGUUGAAGUUUUUGAAAAGAUGGAAACGGGAGAGGUGGAAGAAGGAGUUUCAUUAUCAUCUGUCAUAACUGGGAUGCACAAAAACAGGCAAGGAGGUCCAAGGAAGAGAAGAGGUUUGAUGCCAGGGAUCAAAGGUCGAGCUAGGUUUAGAACUGAAGAAUCUUUCUACGAGAAUCCACUUCCAGAGUGCAUUUGCGGAACCAAAAAGCAUGUUCACCCUGCUUAAAGGGAUUAAUUGUCAUAUUAGAGAUUCAACAUCAUCCACAGUGCAUGAUUAUGAGGGUGGACUUCUUUUGCAGUUGUAAGUUGGAAUUCCAAAUUAAGCAUCUGCUGAAAUUCUGGCUUAUAUUGCCUUCUAUUGAAAAGAAAUUUGUAUUCUUUUGUUCUUUUUGAUGGAGUGCUUGUACUGAUCUGACAUUGUUCGUGUAUUUUGAUCACAAAUAUCAAUAUAAAAUCUUUUUAGCCUUCAUAA